UUGAUCCAUGUAAACUCGAAGUAUGCGCCAGAAACAAAAACGCAAAAUGGCGAAUCCACAAAAUUCUCUCCUCGAGGGUUCUUCUUGCUCUUUCUGACCACGGAGCGCCUCGGAUUGACACUUCUGCCAUUGGACGGCGACCCAAACAAAACAUUCAACGUGAUGGCUCACCCAACCGGACUGCGGGGUUCUGGAAUUGCCUCUGAUAUGGCAAUCUCUGAGUGUGGAAACUUCAUCUUUACCGUGGGUGGAUCGAGCACUUCGCUGCUCAUGUGGAGCAUUAACUGGAGAAGCUAG